AUGUCGAACGCGUCCUCAAGCUUGCCGCCAGAUCUAUUCGAUCAAACAACCCUCGUCUCCCUGGCCGCAACUGUCGUCCUUUUGUCUGUCGCCAUUGCCGUCUCUCGCCGAGUCCUUCACCCCGCCACAUCGACGAGCUAUCGCGUGCUCUUCGUUUGGCAUGCCUUCGAUGCAUUGAUCCACUUCUUCCUCGAGGGCAGCUUCCUUUACCAUUGCUUCUUCUCCUACAUCCCACUCGCCGACGUGCCCGACGCUGACCUCAGCGGUUUCCACCCGACCCCGGCCAACUUCCUCGGUCACUCGGAUCGCAUCUAUGGUUCCCAAGCGGCCGGAAACAAUCCCUUUGCGCAGCUAUGGAUGGUUUAUGCACGCGCUGAUAAAAGAUGGGCUGGUGCGGAUUUGGGCGUGAUUUCGCUGGAGCUUUUGACCGUGUUCGGCGCCGGACCGCUGGCUGUUUGGAUCUGCUACAGCAUUGCUAAGCGAGACCCCAAGGUCAACAUAUGGAUGAUUGUCAUCGCGACGGCAGAGCUUUAUGGAGGAUUCAUGACCUUCUGCCCCGAAUGGCUGACCGGCAACAUCUACUUAGAUACGAGCAACUUCAUGUACCUUUGGGUGUAUCUUGUCUUCUUCAACAUGUUGUGGGUUUUCAUCCCUAUCUACGCCAUCUACGUGGCAUACGGGGAGAUUUCUGCUGCCUUCAAGACCCAGGGCGUUAGGAAGAACCUCUGA